CCCCCACCGCAGCGUGCGCUCGGCCGGGGCCCCAGGCGGCUCCAGGGCACUGCCAGCGUCCCUGCCCAGGAGAGGAGCCGCUGGCCUGGGCACCCAUGGAGCAGGGCGUGAAGUGGGCCACAGAGCUGGUUGACCAGAAGCUGGAGGAGCAGGAGGUGAGACCCUGGCGGCGCAAGAGCCAGGCCCCCGAGAUGCCGCCGGCGGUGGCGAGAAUGGACACGCCGGGGCUGGAGGACGAGAAGCGCCGCGGCCCCGUUCACUGGGGCAUCGAGGGGCUCAAGGGCCAGGGGCGGGAGCGGACGAGCUCGCUGGACCUGCGCCGGGAGAUCAUCCACGUGGGCGGCAUCCAGUACCUCUUCGAGCUGCGCAAGACGCGCCGGAAGCGCAGGGUGGAGAAGGCGGCACCGGAGCCCGAGCCGGAGCCCGAGGAGAUUGUGGGCCCCGUGGAGGAGGAGACGUUCCUGAGGGCAGCUGUGCAGGGCAAGAUCCGUGUCAUUGAGACGUUCCUGGGGGACGGGGGCUCCCCUGACACCUGUGAUGAGUUCCACCGGACAGCCCUGCACCGUGCCUCGCUGGAAGGGCACAUGGAGAUCCUGGAGAGGCUGCUGGACCACGGCGCCACCGUGGACUUCCGAGACCGGCUGGACUGCACGGCCGUGCACUGGGCCUGCCGGGGGGGGCACCUGGGCGCCGUGAAGCUUCUGCAGGACCGGGGCGCUGACCUCAACCUGAAAGAUAAGCUCAUGAGCACCCCCCUGCAUGUGGCGACCCGAACUGGGCAGACUGAUAUCGUGGAGCAUUUGAUCAACUCAGGGAUGGAUGUCAACUCCCGGGACAGGGAGGGGGACAGCGCGCUGCAUGACGCCGUGCGGCUCAACCGCUACAAGAUCAUUAAGAUGCUGAUCCUGUGCGGGGCGGACAUGAUGGCCCAGAACCUGGCAGGAAAGACCCCCACGGAUCUGGUGCAGCUCUGGCAGGCAGACACCCGGCAGGCACUGGAGACACAGGAGCCUGGCGAGACGGAGGCCUCGGCGUGAGGGGUGGGCGGAAGGGCGCUGGGCUGGGGAUGGGAGCGUGGCCCAUUGCACGACUCCCAGCCGUGUGAAUCUAGGAAUAAAACCCAGUGAACGAGAGUCAGUAUCCGGAGUGAGCAUGGGGCACGUGGGCUUCAGGGGCAGGUGCUACCUGGCUGGUUCUGUGUCGUCCCUCGGGGGCGGGGAGGGCAGUGCCAGGCUGGGCCCGAGUCGUCCCUUGAGGGGAGGGAUGCUGGGCAGGGCUGCACCAUUUUCUGUCUGGAUUCUUUUUCCUUGUGUUAAUCCCAUCCGAAGGGGGCAACCCUAUGCAUCCUGCCCCCACAGUGCUCUGUUCAGUGCCAGAUCCUCCGUUGCUGUGACUCGCCA